CCGCCCAACUGAAACUUCCACUUUGGGAUGUCUGGAGUCCGGUGAGUGCUGUGUAGUGGUGCGGACUGGACGCACGGAUGACGUGUACUUGUAUAAAGACCAGGCACCCAAUUCUUUGAUGUGUACGAGGAAGCGUUAGAUUGGACGUCCCUUCGCGCCACGAGCUGACAAGGAAGAUUAGGAACUUCCUCGGAAAGGUGGCAGCACAGACACGCUGCGGAGCCGGGCAAUGGUACCUCUCAGUGUGGGGAAGUAUGAGCUUGUGUGAAGGUCUGGAGUGAGCAGUUGUGGUGAGUAGCGUGUGUUUGCUUAGUAUUUUUGCAGUAAUCGUAAAAACUAGCUUAGAGAACCAGGACUAGAUCUGGAGCAUCAAGGAUUACAUUGUGUAGUAGCAACACGCCGCUCCCGAUGACCCGCAGAUAAGACCAGUGAAUGCAGGCAAUCGCAGUAGCAACCUGAAGAUCCUGGGAUGGCGACAAUAGAUGGGCGGCCAGCACAGUAUGGCAUCACCCUCAAACAGCUCCGGGAGCUCAUGGAGACCCGGGGCCGUGAGGGGAUUGCCAAAAUACAAGAUUAUGGCGGUGUUCAGGAGAUAUGCAAGAAACUGUACACGUCCCCCAGUGAAGGUCUUAGUGGGUCAAAAGUUGACAUAGAACAUAGAAGAGACACUUUUGGCUCGAACACCAUACCUCCCAAGCCACCUAAGACGUUCCUACAGCUUGUCUGGGAAGCAUUACAAGAUGUGACGCUGAUAAUUUUAGAAAUUGCCGCUGUUAUAUCCUUGGCAUUAGCUUUUUAUCCCCAUGAUGAUAGCUCGGCGGGUGUCAACAACGAUGAAGGGCCAAAGAUUGAUGAGGAUGAAGGACAGCAUGGAUGGAUUGAAGGCUUAGCAAUUCUCAUCUCAGUCAUAGUCGUGGUCAUUGUAACAGCAUUUAACGAUUAUACCAAGGAACGACAAUUCCGAGGGUUACAGAGCAGAAUUGAAGGCGAGCAUAAAUUUUCUGUGAUUCGAGCAGGAGAGGUGAAGCAGAUAUCAGUUGGUGACAUUGUGGUAGGAGAUAUAUGCCAAGUGAAGUAUGGUGAUUUGUUACCAGCAGAUGGCAUUCUUAUUCAAAGUAAUGACCUAAAAGUGGAUGAAUCAUCCCUGACUGGUGAAUCAGAUCAUGUAAAGAAAGGAGAGCAUUAUGACCCAAUGCUUCUCUCAGGAACUCAUGUGAUGGAGGGCAGUGGAAAGAUGAUAGUAGCAGCUGUUGGGGUGAACUCCCAAGCUGGUAUUAUCUUCACUCUUCUUGGAGCAGCUGUUGACGAGCAAGAAGCAGAAAUCAAGAAGCGGAAAAAAGAAGCUAAGAAACAGCGGAAGAAGAAGAGUUUGACAGGUGAGGAAGAGACUGCACCAGUAACUGGUAACAGCCAUGUGAGUGUGCCUGCUCCAAUUGCUGACAACACACCCAAUAAGCACGAUGAUGCCUUGGAGAAUCACAAACCUGCGCCAGCUUCAGAAAGCCAUAAGAAGGAGAAAUCUGUACUGCAAGCUAAACUCACCAAACUUGCCAUCCAAAUUGGAUAUGCAGGUUCCAUGAUUGCCAUGCUAACAGUAGUGAUAUUAAUUAUUCGGUUCUGCAUAGAAACAUACGUGGUUGAACAACGUGGGUGGAUGAGUAGUCACGCAAGUGAGCUUGUCAAGUAUUUUAUCAUCGGUGUGACUGUGUUAGUUGUCGCAGUGCCAGAAGGGCUUCCAUUAGCUGUUACACUUUCUCUUGCAUAUUCUGUAAAGAAAAUGAUGAAAGACAACAAUCUUGUUCGUCAUCUUGAUGCCUGUGAAACUAUGGGAAAUGCAACUGCCAUCUGUUCUGACAAGACUGGGACCCUUACUACAAACAGGAUGACAGUUGUUCAGUCAUAUAUAUGUGAAAAGCUAAGUAAAACAAUUCCAAAGUUUUCGGAUAUUCCGUCUCAUGUUGGAAACUUACUCAUCCAAGCCAUUGCUGUAAAUUCAGCAUACACAUCUCGUGUUAUGCCCCCAGAUGGCCCUGGAGAGUUGCCAAAGCAAGUUGGUAAUAAAACUGAGUGUGCAUUGUUAGGGUUUGUGCAAGCACUCGGUAAAAAUUACCAGACAGUUCGGGAUGACAUACCAGAAGAAAUGUUUACGCGGGUUUACACAUUCAAUUCCGUAAGAAAAUCCAUGAGCACUGUGAUACCACGGCAAGGAGGAGGUUACAGACUCUUCAGCAAGGGAGCAUCGGAGAUUGUCCUCAAAAAGUGUGCUUUCAUUUAUGGUCGGGAUGGUCACCUGGAAAAAUUUACACGGGAAAUGCAAGAUAGACUGGUCCGUCAAGUCAUCGAACCCAUGGCCUGUGAUGGACUCCGUACCAUCUCAAUUGCUUAUCGGGACUUUGUGCCUGGUAAAGCAGAAAUUAAUCAAGUGCACAUUGACAGUGAACCUAAUUGGGAUGAUGAGGAACAUACUGUCAACAAUCUAACCUGCCUCGGAUUGGUAGGAAUUGAAGACCCUGUUAGGCCAGAGGUUCCUGAAGCUAUCAGAAAGUGCCAGAGGGCUGGAAUCACUGUGCGGAUGGUUACUGGAGAUAAUAUCAACACAGCACGUUCCAUUGCCACAAAAUGUGGAAUUUUGAAACCUGGAGAUGAUUUCCUUAUUUUAGAAGGAAAAGAAUUCAACCGAAGAAUACGAGAUAGCAAUGGAGAAGUUCAACAGCAUUUACUGGACAGAGUAUGGCCCAAACUGCGUGUGUUAGCUAGGUCCUCUCCAACAGAUAAAUAUACUUUGGUGAAGGGCAUUAUAGACAGUAAAGUUAGUGAAAAUCGUGAAGUGGUUGCUGUUACUGGAGAUGGGACCAAUGAUGGGCCAGCCCUGAAGAAGGCCGAUGUUGGAUUUGCUAUGGGAAUUGCGGGCACAGACGUGGCUAAGGAGGCCUCGGACAUCAUUCUAACAGAUGACAAUUUUAGCAGUAUUGUGAAAGCUGUGAUGUGGGGUCGCAAUGUCUAUGACAGCAUAGCCAAGUUCCUGCAGUUCCAGCUUACUGUUAAUGUGGUAGCUGUAAUUGUUGCCUUCAUCGGUGCAUGUGCUGUGCGGGAUAGUCCCCUCAAGGCUGUACAAAUGUUAUGGGUUAACUUGAUUAUGGACACAUUGGCCUCCCUGGCUUUAGCAACAGAAUUGCCCACACCUGAUCUCUUGCUGAGGAAGCCCUAUGGAAGGACAAAACCACUCAUCUCCAGAACAAUGAUGAAAAAUAUACUGGGACAGGCAAUUUAUCAGCUUGGUGUUAUCUUUGCCUUACUCUUUGUAGGAGACAAAAUGCUGGACAUUCCUAGUGGAAGGGGAACUGAAUAUGGUUCCAAGCCCAGUCAACAUUUCACCAUUAUAUUUAACACAUUUGUUAUGAUGACGUUGUUUAAUGAAAUCAAUGCGAGAAAAAUUCAUGGCCAGCGGAAUGUGUUUGAAGGCAUUUUUACAAACCCCAUAUUUUAUUCCAUUUGGAUUUGCACAUGUUUAGCACAGGUCCUAAUUAUUCAAUGGGGUAGGAUGGCAUUCUCAACAGCAACUUUAAGUUUGGAGCAGUGGCUUUGGUGUCUCUUCUUUGGGAUUGGAACAUUGUUGUGGGGCCAGUUAGUGACCACAGUACCAACUAGAAAGAUCCCCAAAAUACUUUCGUGGGGUCGUGGGCAUCCAGAGGAAUAUACAGAAGCCAUUACUCUGGGUGAAGAGAAAUUUGAUCCUGAUUCUCAGGAAGGCAAAAAGCCUCGGGCAGGCCAGAUCUUAUGGAUCCGUGGCCUAACAAGACUUCAGACCCAGGUGAUAGGUGGUGAGUUGCAAGAACGUUUGAUUCCGGUCCCCUACAGCAAGAGCUCCACUGACCAAGCUAUACGAGUAGUUAAUGCUUUCCGUCAGGGUCUAGAUGCACGGUAUGGUGACACUGCCACCCUGGCUGAGGCUCUCCGAAAGCAGUCUUCUCUUAGUAAGCGAUUAUCCCAGACUUCUUCCAUUGAGUAUGCAGAUAAUGUCAUGGAUGAAUUGCCGAUUCCUGAAAUCGAUGUGGAACGUUUGUCAUCUCACAGUCACACUGAAACUGCAGUGUAAUCCUUUUGCCCAUGUCCUGUCCCAGCAAUCCUGCCCCAUCCCUGCCCUGGCGUUAGACUUGCCAGACACAGUGGUGGUGUUGGUAAUGGUGGUGGCAGCGGUGGUGGUGGUGGUGGUGGUGGCAGCGGUGUGAUGACAGCCAAGAGGAACAAGUCAGACCAAGAUCUGCGCCUUGCAUUCAUCAUUGUGUUCUUGUAUAUUUAUUAUUUUGUUGAAUGCACCACCCGUGAAAUUCAUUACAGCCUACUAAGAACAGACUUCAAAUGUAAGAACACCUUUCUCCAAAAUGAACUCUAUGAUGGCAACAUCCAAUUCAAGAUGAAGUUUUCCACUUCCCCUUUUAUUUUGUCUUACCUCGACUCUGUCUCCAGAUUCCUCCCUCUACAAACCUAUCCAAGUUCAUUGCUGUUGCCAUCCUCAUGUCUUUAUUCCUCCGCCCAUCUGGCAUCGUCCGUUGCACUAUCUGGUCACCUGUGUGGUGCAAGUUCAUGUAAUGUGGAACUGAACUGACAGUGUAAUUCAUUAAUUUUUCAAAAGACAAAUUAGAUGAGGUAGUUGCAGUGGUUGUGGUGAUAAGCUGGACGACGCAACAAGAGUUGAGAUCUUUAUGCAUGUAAUUAUUGUAAGAUAAUUUAGCUUGUAACUUCAAGAUGAAGAAAGAUAUGACAUUAUGCCAAGUGUCUUUUAAAAGGGGAGGCCAUAGCCUUGUUUGAAAGCAAUGUUGAACUGUGUGGAAAUGAUUCUUUCUCCUUUUGCCUCCCCUUGUUUAAAAGUCAAGUGCCAGGAUUCAAAAUAGUAGAUAUAGAGUUCAUGUUGAAUCUUCUUUGAAAGUAUGUAAGGAGUAAACUGGAUGCUAAUGGCUCUGUGCGGUGCAUGAAACCCAACCAGGCCUCUCGACUUCUAUCGUCUUUGAAUCGAGAGGUUUUGUUAUCAACUUUAUCUUGGUGUAAUUCUUGUUCCUGCUAGCAACUAGGAUCAUCAUGUUGAAGUUGACACUGUUAAUAUUACUUUUGUAACCACAGCAAUAGUGAAAAGGAAGACACUCCCUCCUCUUCAGUCCAUAGCAAGAUGGCAGGGCCUCGGACAUGGAGAUGUGUUGAGGGAGGAAGUGGAAUUGAGAGCAAUACCAAAUGUCACAGGGUGCUGGUGGUUACUGUUACUAUUUUCAGCUCUGAAGAAGAAAGUUUAUCAAGUUGUUGAAUGUUCUUUACUAUCAAUAUUGUAAAUCUGAAAAUACUCCUUCGAGCAAGCCAUUUUGUUAGACUGGGUUGUUGAGCAAUGUGUAGCUGAGUAAUGUAGUGGAGAUGCUGCAAAGCUUGCAUGCAGCCCUGCCCGACAAGCAUGGAUACCGAUCUUAAUUUGCACUGUCGGUUGUUUGUCGGGAAGUGAUGGCCCACUGUCAGGGUUGUCACUUCUCUUCUUUCAAGAAGAAGUCCCUCUUUGUGCUCUAGUUCACUCUGUAAAUCUGUUGUGUGACUGCAAUUUUCUGUCUGUAUAAAGAGAAACAAAUUCUAGAUGUUGCAAAUAUGCAUUAGUUUAUAAGAACUUUCCAUGGGCUGUUAAGAAUAAAUUUAAAGAAAGUAUCAACUCAUUGACUGAUAGAGGUUUGCAUCUGUACAUAGGGAUAACAAGGAAACUAGUCUCACCACAUGUACUGUAGUAAUCACUUAGGAUACAAGCCAUGCCACUGGUUUUGUCCUUUCUGCUCCCCAUAGACUUGCCAGUGUGACAACCACUACCACAGUUAACAUGACGAUUGCUGAAGCAACACAACUGUGACAACAGUACCCAUGACCACUAUCACAGUGACCAUACUAUUGAAGCCUUACAGUGUCUGAGAUUGUUGCCAUUCCUCUAUGCUUUUGUCACUAGCUCCAGUGAUAUGAGGUAGAGUGCAGAGCUAGAGAUCUCACAAACGAUAUGAUGGCAGUGACAACAAAGCCUGUUGUGUUUAUAAGCUUGUGUAGAGUUGAGUCAACCAAAGGCAAGUCUUGGAUUAUAUAAACUUCUUGAAAGUAAACGAAUCAAAGACCACAAUAUUCUAGAUGAUGCCUGUACUCUGUGUUAAUACCAAACUUAAAGAGAGUUGCACAACUCAUAACCUUUAAUUUAGCUCUAGACAGGGACUUGGCAGGCAGCAUCCUUAAUUUUUUCUACUCCAGUCACAUGAGUAUUAUGUUUUCUUAAAGGUUUUAUUUCCAUCCAAUGUUAAUGGCUAUUAAUUAAUCGUUUUUACAAAAUAAAUUUUUAAUGUCUCAAUACCUUGUUGAAAAAAUGGUGUUGCAUUCUUUAUUUGAAUGGUACCCCUUAAACCUGCUAGAUUGUAGGAAGGACUGCAUCACUAUUUUUGACCUCGGUGUGUUGUCUGGAAGAAGCUGUUGCACCAGUUGUAGAUAAAUGUGCUUGGUUUUAUACAGGAAGAAGAUUGUUUGCACCUGACAAUGUCAAAAGCCACUAGUUAUUCAUUAUAUGCUGAUGUUAAAAUUAUUUCUGUAAAAUCUGCAGAUGUUGAGCAUUAUGUGCCUUAUGUCUAUGCUUUCUUUGUUGAAAUUGUAAUUUUGACUGAUUAAAAUUGAGCUUGAUCUAA